CAAAGAAGAACAUAAAUCUCCAAACUCCUUAGUAAACGAUGCUGAAAACACGCGUAGAAGUGUGUUUGAAUUUUCUGUCUCAGACGUUGAUCCUGUUUGUGUUACUUGUAAAAGAAGAUGCUAGAUGUGAUGUCGCAUUUCUGCCUUCAGUCCUUGUUGCAUCUGGUCCAAGAGCAUCUGCCUUCUUGGCUGGAAACGUGAGUGAUGUGUCUCUGACCAUCAGCAGCGUCUCACCCUCCAAUACUACAGGACGCCUCCCUCCGGCCUCCUGCGUGCCGUCCAGUCUCAGUCAAUGGACUGUGUCACAAGAGCCGAUGGGAAAGAGCAGCCUCCUGGUGCGUGUGAGUCUGAACCGGAGCCUGCAGCUGUGUGCCGGUGCGAAUGAGACAGACUGCUGUGUCCAGCCGCUGUGUGUGAGAGAGACUGUCAGGGUGUGUGCAUGUCUGGGCAACGUUCCCCUGGCUACUCUCAUCGUGCAGGCUCAGAUCUACGCCCAGCUACUUCCCACUGGGCCUGUAUCGGAGAAUAAAACCAUGAUUCCUAAUCAAGUGUUCCAGCCCCUUGGUUGGUGUCCAUGUGACCUGACGGCAAAAGUGUGUGAUGUGCGAUGCUGCUGUGACCAGGACUGUGCCCCAGAGCUGUUGUGGCUUUUUGCUGGUCAGUGUCUCCCUGGACCAUUUGGAGGAAUUAUCUCUCCUGUUCCUGACUACGUCUGCUCCUCUCAGUCGGCUGAAAAUGCUCCUGAUUGGUUCCCUUUUCUCUGCGUCACCUCUCCUUUAGAGAACAACCCGUUCCUUGGGCUUUUCUAUGAUGGCACUAUUGUCACUCCGAAACCCGCUCCAUCUUUCCAGGCUCAGCAGGUGGCAGCGCCUGUACCUCCUACAAACUACCGCCAGGGGGCGCCCAUCUUCACCACAGACAACCAGUACUUCACCAUCCCACAGGUGUCCAUGCUGGGGCAGUGCUUGGAGAAGGCUCCGGUAGCGUUCCUGCAGAACUUUGAGGCUGUGUGUGUGAGAUCUCUGCAGUCCUGCCCUGCUGCACCAGCUGACCUCAGCGUGGCAGUGAGAGAUGAACAGGGCGGAGUGGUCAGAGUGGCCGUCGUGGAUGAAGUGAUCACAGAUCUCAGCCUUUUCUUAUCAAGUCCUGCUGAUUCUGCAGCUGAGACACAGUUGUGUGUGAAUGUGGUUCUGUCUUUAAGUUAUACAUUUCAGUGGAAGGGGAACGGUAUUACAGCCAUCAGUGUGACCCGCCGCAUUGGAAACAUCACCCUCAGUCCUGGAGUGACGCUGACGACUCGAUACUCUGCAGUGUUUGCGAAUGGAAAUAUCACAGCUCAGCCUAACUCAGGCAACCCAGGUUACCAGGUGGGAAGGCCAGUGAUUGGUGGACUUUUGGAUGAUUCUACCGGAGCCAUAGGGAGAGCUCCAAUCAGCCUCUGGCAAGGAGUGAGAGAUGGCCUGUGCUCCUCUGCUGACCUGAGACCAGUUCUCUAUGGAAUAAACUCAACGUCUGGGUGUCUGAUGCCUGUCAGUUUGCUUAAUCUCGUUGAGUGCAGCCAGCUCAGAGAAACUGUCCGCUCCACUUUGGCUGCUUUAGUCCCUGCGACAUUGGUUUCCAGAUCAGGAAAGCCAGAUUUCUCCACACUGACUAACUGGACCCGAAUCACUACUGUAGUACAGAACUCUAAUCAGACAGCGGGAGCCUCUGGGGGUGUGUGCUCUGGCGUUCCGGCUCACCUACACAUUCACAUCAGAAGCGUCGUCAUGGGAACCAUAGGCGGAGUACCACAAAAAAUGAUCCAGGCUGUGGAGUUAAAUUUUAAGACAUCUACAUGGAGUUUACAGUGUGAUGCAGCUGAGGGAACCAUCUGUGUGACCCCAGACCUGACACAGACUUUCCCUGUGACCUCUUCUGUGACCUUUACCGAGAAUCCCAUCAGCACCCAAUCCCCCAUGUCCAGGUUUCGCAUUAACUUCACAGAGUUUGACUGUGAUAGGAAUGAUGUGUGCUGGCCUGAGCUUGCCUUCCCUCUCACACCUUAUUACACAGGUGAGCCGUACUCUCAGGCUCUGGCUAAGGGACUCAUCCUUGUCUUCUUCUUUAUCGCCGCAUCUGUCUUAGGGACACCGUGGAGACAAAUCAGACAGGCAUGGAGCAAUAGCUCAUUCUAGUGUGUGUGUGUGUGUGUGUGUGUGUGUGUGUGUGUGUGUGUGUGUGUGUGUGUGUGUGAGAGAGAGAUAAAGUUUAUGGAGGGGAAAAAGAAAGGAUUAUUAUGCAACUGAUUCAGUAUUGAGUCAUACUGUAGUCAUGAGGCUUUUUCUUAGGAAAGUAAUUGCGCUAUUUUUGAUGAACUCCACCAGUGUUAUUGUUUUGUAUAUGUUUUUCCUUUAGAAGCCACUGUAAGAUAAUGCAUAUUUGUUAUUAAUAUUUAUUGUGCUAUGUUGUACAGAUUUUAUUGUGGAAUAAAUUCAUAUUGAUUUUUU